AGUUAACUGAAACUCACAACAAGUUCUUACCUUUUAUUCUCUCUCUCUCUCUCUUUCUCUCUUUCUCUCUCUACAAUUUGGUUGAACCCGCAAGGAAGAGACAUCUGCAGCUUCCAUUGAGAGCAAGGAACUUCCAAAAACUCUAACUUGCACUCUUUCCAGCUUAUUUUACCUGUGAUUGUUGUGCAGUUGAAGCUUUUUUGUUCUUUGUUUUUAGUGGGAAUUUACAUGAGCUUGCAGGAAUCUUCAUUCAUUUUCUGUUGUAAUCUCUGGCUCAGAAACUGAGUAAUCAAAGCUUAUUUGCUAAUAAAGCUGUUUUUUUUUUUAAUUAUUUUCUUGGCUUGUCAUGUUGGUUUUUUUCAUAUUAAUUGAGUGUGCUCAGUUUUAGGUAAAGGGGGUUGGCCUAAUUCUUUUGUUUUUUCUUAUUUUUGGCCUUCUACUUUGGUGCUUUCAUUGUUCAUAGAGUAGGUGAGAGUGUUCAUGCUGAGGAGGAACAAAACUCUUGUGCUUGUGAUGGGUGUUUCUGUGAUCCCUUGGAAAAUUAGAGCAUUAGUUGGAUCUUAAUAGGUGAAAAGAAGAGAACCCAUUUGAGAAAAUGCCUCAAGGGAGCAAAAAGAGCAUACAUUUUAGCAAACUAUAUUCUUUUCUUUGUUUGAAAUCUCCGUUUAGAGAUGGUCAUUCCCAAAUUGGGCAGAAAGGGUACUCAAGGGUUAUAUACUGCAAUGAUCCUGAUAACCAAGAAGCAAUUCAGUUGAAUUAUAGAGGCAACUAUGUUUCAACGACCAAGUAUACAGCUUUUAAUUUUUUCCCCAAGUCUUUAUUUGAGCAGUUCAGAAGGGUUGCAAAUAUCUACUUUCUUAUUGUUGCGUGUGUUUCAUUUAGUCCAUUGGCACCUUACACAGCUCUAAGUAUUGUUGCACCGUUGCUUGCUGUGAUUGGAGCUACUAUGGCCAAGGAAGCUGUAGAAGAUUGGAGGAGGAGACAGCAGGAUAUAGAGGCAAACAACCGAAAGGUUCAGGUAUAUGGUAGAAAUUAUACAUUUUUUGAGACUAGAUGGAAGAAGCUUCGUGUUGGUGACAUCAUUAAAGUGUUUAAGGAUGAAUUCUUUCCUGCUGAUCUUCUUCUGCUUUCAUCAAGCUAUGAGGAUGGGGUUUGCUAUGUUGAGACAAUGAAUCUUGAUGGAGAAACUAAUCUAAAAUUAAAGCAUGCCCUGGAGGCGACAACUCAUCUUCGUAAUGAAAAAUCUCUCCAAAAGUUUAGGGCUGUGGUCAAAUGUGAGGAUCCUAAUGAAAAUCUGUACUCAUUUAUAGGUACUUUAGAAUAUGAGGGUAAAGAACACCCUCUUUCCUUGCAGCAGAUCCUUUUAAGAGAUUCUAAGCUGAAAAACACUGAAUAUAUCUAUGGUGUUGUUAUCUUUACUGGCCAUGAUACAAAAGUGAUGCAGAAUUCCACUGAUCCUCCAUCCAAGAGAAGCAAAAUUGAGAGAAAAAUGGAUAAGAUAAUCUACAUCCUCUUUAGUACUUUGAUUUUGAUAUCCUUUAUUGGUUCUGUCUUUUUCGGUGUUGAGUCCAAAAAGGAUAUUAGUACUGGCAGGCAUAGAAGAUGGUAUCUUCGUCCAGACAAUGCAACAGUGUUUUACGAUCCUAGAAGGGCAACACUUGCUUCUGUUCUUCAUUUUCUGACCGCCCUUAUGUUGUAUGGAUAUCUAAUUCCAAUAUCGCUUUAUGUGUCCAUAGAAAUUGUGAAAGUUCUGCAGAGUAUUUUCAUCAACCAAGAUCAGGAAAUGUAUUAUGAAGAAGCAGAUAGGCCAGCUCAUGCACGCACAUCUAAUUUGAACGAGGAACUUGGUCAAGUUGAUACAAUAUUGUCUGACAAAACUGGUACUUUGACAUGUAACUCAAUGGAGUUUGUUAAAUGUUCCAUAGCUGGAAUUCCAUAUGGUCGUGGUAUGACAGAAGUGGAGAAGGCACUUGCUAGGAGAGGGAGAAAUGGGGAAUCUGAAGUUGAUGAUGUAUCAUCUGAGUUCUUGGGCCAGAGUAGUGAUGCCGUGGACUCUCAGCACCCAAUUAAGGGCUUUAACUUUAGAGAUGAACGAGUAAUGAAUGGGCAGUGGGUUAAUGAACCACAUCCAGACAUCAUUCAGAGAUUCUUUCGAGUUUUGGCUAUUUGUCAUACAGCUAUUCCAGAUGUACAUAAAGAAUCAGGAGAAAUUUCCUAUGAAGCUGAGUCACCAGAUGAAGCAGCUUUUGUCAUAGCUGCAAGGGAGCUUGGUUUUGAGUUUUUUGCAAGGACACAAACAAGCAUAUCAUUGCAUGAGUUGAAUUAUGAAAGUGGAAAAAAGGUUGACAGAGUGUACCAGCUUCUGCAUGUCUUAGAGUUCAGCAGUUCCCGCAAAAGAAUGUCAGUGAUAGUGAGGAAUGCAGAAAAUCAAUUAUUGCUCCUAUGCAAGGGUGCAGACAGUGUUAUGUUUGAAAGGCUCUCGCAAUAUGGAAGACAGUUUGAGGCUGAGACCAAAGAUCAAAUCAAAAGAUAUGCGGAGGCAGGUUUAAGAACUCUUGUAGUCGCAUACCGCGAACUUGGUGAAGAAGAAUAUAAGCUGUGGGACAAGGAGUUUACAAAGACCAAAACUUCUGUAGCAGCAGACCGAAAUGCACUAGUGGAUGCUGCUGCUGAUAAGAUGGAAAGAGAUUUGAUACUUCUUGGUGCUACAGCAGUUGAGGAUAAGCUGCAAAAGGGGGUUCCUGAAUGUAUUGUAAAGCUUGCCAAGGCAAGAAUCAAGUUAUGGGUAUUGACUGGGGACAAGAUGGAAACUGCUGUCAACAUAGGGUAUGCUUGUAGUUUACUUAGACAAGACAUGAAACAGAUAGUGAUCACUCUUGAUUCACCAGAUAUCCUAUCCUUGGAAAAACAAGGGGACAAGGAGGCUCUAAUAAAGGCCUCUCUUGAAAGCAUUAAGAAGCAAAUUAGUGAGGGAGUAUCACAAAUCAAGUCUGCGAAAGAGAGUUCUAAUACAGAUAAAGGAAGUUCUUCUGACUUACCAAAGAAAAAAAAAGGAAGUUCUUCUGAAUUUGCCUUGAUAAUUGAUGGGAAGUCCUUGGACUAUUCUCUUAACAAGAUUUUGGAGAUGUCCUUCUUUGAGCUAGCAAUUAAUUGUGCUUCUGUCAUAUGUUGUCGAUCUUCACCCAAACAGAAAGCUCGUGUUACAAGAUUGGUGAAAUUGGGAACAGGAAAGACAACGUUAUCUAUAGGCGACGGGGCAAAUGAUGUUGGCAUGCUUCAGGAAGCUGAUAUUGGAGUUGGCAUAAGUGGUGCUGAAGGGAUGCAGGCUGUAAUGGCAAGUGAUUUUGCAAUAGCUCAAUUCCGUUUUCUGGAGCGUUUGUUGUUGGUACAUGGCCACUGGUGUUAUAGGCGAAUAUCAUUGAUGAUAUGCUAUUUUUUCUAUAAAAACAUUGCAUUUGGAUUUACCUUAUUUUGGUUUGAGGCAUAUGCUUCUUUCUCCGGUCAACCUGCCUACAAUGAUUGGUACAUGUCAUUUUACAAUGUUUUCUUCACUUCACUUCCAGUAAUCGCUCUAGGUGUAUUCGAUCAGGAUGUUUCUGCCAAACUUUGCCUGAAGUAUCCCUUUCUAUAUCUAGAAGGAGUAGAGGACACCCUCUUCAGCUGGCCCCGGAUUAUUGGCUGGAUGUUGAAUGGAGUCAUUAGCUCCAUAGUAAUCUUCUUCUUGACUACUAAUUCAGUCUUAAAUCAAGCCUUCAGAAGAGAUGGUCAAGUGGUUGAUUUUGAAAUACUUGGGGUCACAAUGUAUACUUGUGUGGUGUGGACAGUGAAUUGCCAAAUGGCACUUUCCAUCAACUACUUCACUUGGAUCCAGCAUUUUUUUAUCUGGGGUAGCAUUGCCUUUUGGUAUGUAUUCGUGUUAGUUUAUGGUUAUCUCUCUCCAGCCAUAUCCACAACAGCUUACAGGGUCUUUGUGGAAGCAUGUGCUCCCAGUGUUCUAUAUUGGCUAGUUACCCUUUUGGUUGUUGUGUGUGUGCUUCUACCCUAUUUCUCCUAUAGGUCUUUCCAAAGUCGAUUUCUACCUAUGUACCAUGAUAUUAUACAGAGAAAACAUGUAGAAAGGUCUGAAAUUGACAUGUCUGAUGAGUUACCCAAACAAGUUCAGGGCAAACUAAUACAUCUGAGAGAGAGAUUGAAGCAAAGGGAGGUGUAAAAUGUAAAAAAAUGCUUCUAAACUUAUGUUCUUGAAAAUUGAUUUGUAUUUGGUUUCUUGCUGAGUUUGGAAGUGGCAAUGAGGUUGUAAGCAUUGGAAAUAGUCUUAUAUAAAUAUGUAAUUACUUUUCCACUUUAUGUUACAU